CUUAUCUUCUCCUUCUUCCCGAUCCUUCCUCCCGAAAACCCCCCUAGGCCACCGACUCUCUACCCCUUGAAAACCCGGUGAGAUCUUGAUGAAUUCUCUUCCUUUCUUGUUAAAUCACAAGAUUUGGGGCUUAGAAUCUUCCCUCUCAACCCAGAAAUACCGGAUCUGCUCUGCUUCUUCCUCCCUUGUCCGUUGGGUUCUGCUGGGUUUGAAUCCUUCGGUUUUUCUGGUAAGAAGCAGCCAUGAAAUCCAUCCUCUUUCUCUUAAUUUGGCUUGGGUUACUCUAAUUUUGUUAUUGGUUCUUGAAUUUCUGGAGUGUGUCGUGAGUUUUCCCCCUGGAUCCCGUCGGCUUCCUCACCAGCCAAGCUCGGGUUCUGCUGGCUGGAAUUCUGGUACUGAUUAUUCUGCACUCUAGCACUUGGGAUUAGUGUUCUGUUGGUGCGAGUGAGGUAAGUAAAAUAUGGUAAAGCCCUUCGAUUUUAAAGCAUGUUUUCAAUUGUUUUUGAGAUGGUGGCAAGCCAUACACGUUUCUGCUCUGUUCUUCUUCUCGAUCCUUCCUCCCGACAAGCCCCCCCCCCAAGCCACCGACUUUCUUUCCCCCUUGAAAAGCCGGUGAGAUCUUGAUGAAGUUCCUUCCUUUUCUUGUUAAAUCACGAGAUUUGGGGCCUAGAAUCUUCCCUCUCAACCCAGAAAUCCCGGAUCUGCUCUGCUUCUUCCUCCCUUGUCCGUCGGGUUCUGCUGGGUUUGAAUCCUUCGGCUUUUUCUGGUAAGAAGCAGCCUUGAAUUCAUCCUUUCUCUCUUCAUUUGGCUUGGGUUACUCUAAUUUUGUUAUUGGUUCUUGAAUUUCUGGAGUGUGCCGUGAGUUUCUCCCCCCUGGAUCCCGUCGGCUUCCUCACCAGCCAAGCUCGGGUUCUGCUGGCUGGAAUUCUGGUUUUGAUCGUUCUGUCACCGUAGCACUUGGGUUAGCCUUCUGUUCUGUGCGAGUGAGGUAAGUAAAUUAUGGUAAAGCCCUUCGAUUUCAAAGUAUGUUUUCAAUUGUUUUUGAAAUGGUGGCAAGGUUUAAAUUGAUUUUAAAUUGAUUUUAUCAGCACCUGAACGUGAUUAAAUUGAAAUGGAAAUUGUGAUGGUUUUAAUGAGAAUUUCCUUGUUUUUCUGAAAUUGAAUAUGAUUGGAAUGAAAAUGAGCAUUUUAUUGAUUUUCUGGAAAUGAGCAUGAUUGAAAUGAAAAUGGGAAUUUCAUUGUUUUCUGGAAUUGAGCAUGAUUGGAAUGAAAAUGUUUACAUGGUUUAUCUGACAUGCUAAAGUUUUUACCGAGGGCUAUCCAUAUUUACUUACUGAGUUAUCUCAUAGUUUUCCUUGUCCACCAUUUCAGGAAUCGAAACCGAGGACGGGGAAACCAAGGGGAGUGACGAGGUAGAAGGCUAGCCAUUCGAAUUGGAUAUAAGUUUAGAUUUUAUCAUCCUUUAGUAAAAUUGAUUUUAUUCUUGAGAUUUUGGUGAUUUGAAUAAGUUCCGAGCCUUGUGCAUUUGUGGGACUCUCUCACGAGUGCACGGCGUCUGUCGCGCCUCGGAUUUGGGUUCUGGGGCGUGACAUCAAUUGUUCAAAUAAAUUUAAAUUAAUUAGUUUUGGUACUUAAUUAAUCAUAGUUCUCAUGUAUUCAACACUCUUCUCAUCAUUAUAUUGCUUGGAGUGACUAGUACACUUACUAGAGUGAUUUUAAUGCAUCAAGUUUUUAGCACUGUUGCCAGGGAUUGUUGAAUUUAAUUAAUAUCGAAGUUAAUU